CGGGUUUAGCACAUAAGCAGUCUCAGACCGGUACUAGGGAGCAGAAGCGGCUGCCUCUCUCUCUCUCUCUCUCUCUCGCCGGGCCGCCCUCUGUUCAGUUCGUCUGUGCGCUCAGAAGAAAAAUCAGGAAACAGAGGGAGCAGAUGUUAAAUGGAGGCUCCUCACACCCAUCGUGAGCAGCAACACCACCACCACCAGCCAUGGAAAUCCGACGCCCACGGCGAAGACCAGACCUUUCUGCUCGCCACCAAAGUUCCUCGUCUCGCUUCGCCGCGAGAUGCGGUUCGUCCCUCUCCAGGGAUGGCUUCUCCAGUUGGACUCGGGCUCGGGCUCGGGCUCGGGCUGGGGUCCGCGCAGUCUUCCUUCACUUUCAUGCAACUGCAGGAGCUAGAGCACCAGGCUCUCAUCUUCAAGUACAUGGCGGCCGGUGUUCCCGUGCCGCUUCAUCUCGUGCUUCCCAUUUGGAAGAGCGUGGUCAGCUCGCCGAUGGGCAUGGUUCAGCCCUCAAGCAUGUCAGGUGGUGGUCUGUGUUUCGACUUCCGGAACGGUAUGGAGCCAGAGCCGGGAAGGUGCAGGAGGACGGAUGGCAAGAAAUGGAGGUGCUCGAAAGAGGUUGUUCCGGACCACAAGUACUGUGAGAAGCACAUGCACAGAGGGAGAAACCGUUCAAGAAAGCCUGUGGAAAGGCAGACAGUACCGGAGCCGUCCAAAUCGACGACGACGACGACGACGGCCACCACCACCACCGUAGCGGCUGCCGCUGUCGCUAACCCCACCACCACCAACAGCAGCACCAUCACCACCGUCGCCUCCGGCAUCCCCGAUUCGAGCACGCAGCUCUCCAUUUCCAUCUCUGAUGGUCUUAGUUUGGUGAGCAAUCAUAAGCAGGUGGCCGGCAACACCAGCGCCUCCGUGUCCAGCUCUCCGAGGUUGGAGUUCUCACCAACGAGCGUGCUUCACAAGGUGUAUUACGGGGGUUGCAUCUCCGAGACUAGCAGCGGUAGCACCUCCAGAACCGAGUCUAAUUUCGGUGAGUUAGUUUAGUGGAAUGCUUAACUGAGAGGUGGGCGCGUUUCAUUAGGUCUUGCAUGCUUUCAUACCGUGUUAAGGUACAUGAUGGAUGGGGGAACUAUGGUAUGGUGCCUCCACUGGGGCCUAUUAAUACGCCAUGAUAUGCAUGCAUGCCCUUACUAAUUGAGCUAAGCAUCAUGUAUGAGUAUGAACCCCACCUUUCUCUUGCUUUCUAUGUUGUUCUAUCAUGUCUUUGAUAUGUGUCCCGCUCUUCUGACCGUCCACUUGUUUGCGACUCAGCAAAGACUGGGACAACUUGGAGUGUUGUUAAUUUUUUCCAGCUAUAUAUUUAGUUUCCUCAA